UGGGUGUCCCCCGGAGGAAACAGGUGGGCAAGUUUGCGCUCCCCCGUCCCAAACUACUGUUGGGGCAGGAUUGUCGGACGUGAAGAUGUUGAAGAUAUUUGGAAGGUGUCCUUGUUUAUUCUGGGUGGCGAUAAUUUUAGACCUGGUAGGGUUGUCCCUCCUGUUGAUCGGCGUUUUUGCCCACGUGCAGGUCAGCGGCAGGGGCGUCGGAGACUGCUUCAUCUAUACCGGUGCGAUCGUCGUCUUCUUCAGCCUGGUCUGGUGGCUCUCCUGGUGCACGGGCAACAUUGAGGUUUCUCUGGAGGAGCUCGAGAAAGGCGCCGUGGUCAAGGAGAACAGCUUGGCUAAGCUGACCAGAAAGCUUUCCGAGAGGUUGACAGACAGGAGGCACAUUUCACCCACGGAGAACGGUGUGUGGAUUAAGAAGGGAGCCGGAGAGCUGUCCACGGCCAACGGCUGGGUGGUGGCCAGGGAGCGGGGUGAAGUGUCGCUGCAGCAUCUCAACUCAUCAAGAUACCUGGAUCUCAGUAGCGUAUGGCGGCCCGGGGAGCAACAGAGUGGAGAGCGGUUGCUCUAGUCUAGACGGCUUGGUGUAUCUGGGAACAUACAGCGAUUGCCAUCAAAGGACCAGCAGUGCAAAGAGACAAGGUCCUGGGUGUAAACAUCUCCAAAGAUCUAUCCUGUGCCCGACUUAUUGAUGUAAUUACGAAGAAGGCACACCAGCAGCUGUCUUUCAUUUGGCAUUUGAGGAGAAUUGGUAUGUUACCAAAGACUUAUCAUAUUUCCACCAGUGUACCGUAGAGAGCAUUCUAACUGGCAAAAGCUGCAGAGCAUUGUAAACUCAGCCAGCUCCGUCAUGGGCACCAGCCUUCCCAGCAUCAAGAACAUCUUCAAAAGAUGAUGCAUGAAAAAGGCAGCAUCUAUCAUUAAGGACCCCCACCACCCAGGACCGACCAUCUUUUCAUCAUCUCCAUCACAGAGGAGAUACUGGAGCCUUUAGACAUACACUCAACAUUUCAGGAACAGCUUCUUCUGCUCUGCCAUCAGAUUUCUGAACGGUACAUGAACACUACCUCAAUAUUUUUGCUCUCUUUUUGCACUGCUAUUAUACAAAGUAAUCGAACAGCACAAAACCAGACCAUUUGGCCCAUCAAGAUAUAUGCUGACCAUGAUGCCAGUCUAAAUGUAUCCCAUCUGCCUACACAUGCUCUAUAGCCCUCUGUCCCUAGUUAUGUCUGUCUAACUGCCUACUUAAUAUUGCUAACUUAUCUACUUCUAUCACCUCUGCUGGCAGCAUGUGUCAGGCUGCCAACACAAUGUAAAAGAAAUUGCCUCAUUUACUAUUUCCUCCUGUUAUCUUAAUAUUUAGCCCUCUAAUAGCUGACAUUUUCUCCAUCAAGAAGACAAUCUAUCAGAUAUUGGAUCGAUCUAUCACUCGAUUCUAUCUAUGCCUCUCCCACACUGUUCCAUCAGGGAGAAUUCGCACCAGGAUCACCAGACUCAAAACAGUUACUUUCCCCAAGCAGUAAGGCUGAUCAACACCUCCACCCAGUAACUCUACCACUACUUUAUUGUUUCCUGGUCAGUCACCUUAUGUACACCAUAGUAUCUCUUUCUGGACGUAUAAUCCAUCUAUGCAUAUAAGCUAUCUUAUGUAUUUAUAUUUAUUGUGAUUUUUAAAUUAUUAUUGUAUUCUUUAUCUUUUGUAUUUUAUUUGUGCUGCAUUGAAUUCAGAGUAACAAUUGUUUCAUUCUCCUUUACACUUGUGUACAGGAAAUGGUAUUAAACAAUCUUGAAUAAAUUUAAGCAACACACAUCGAAGUUGCUGGUGGAACACAGCAGGCCAGGCAGCAUCUCUAGGAAGAGGUACAGUCGCCGUUUCGGGCCGAGACCCUUUGGAGAACCAGCAGCUUUGAUGUGUGUUGCUUGAAUUUCCAGCAUCUGCGGAAUUCCUCGUGUUUGCGUUGAAUAAAUUUACAUUCUUUGAUCAGGUCAUCCCAAUGUCCAGAAAAUAAACUUGAGUUUGUCCAACAUUGAUUUCAAAUUUCCAGCAUUGGCAGAUUUUUUACAUUUCUAUGCAAAUUCCAAGUACAGUAAUAGCGGCACUUUGGAUUGUUAUCAGUUGCAGCCAAAGCGAGGUUCCUUAAAAUAUAAUUUGCAAAGGCUGGUCUGGAGCCCACAUAAAUCAAGCCAAAUACUUGGGAGGGAACAUUAGUCAAAAGAUAACAGCCUUCCUUAAAUUUCUUGUCAAUGCUGAAAAUAUAAUUUACCACACAACUUUGUUAUGCAAAUAGUUAGAUCCCAGGGAACCUGCACGCUUUCGUCUAUGGUGUCUUAUGUGUUUUUGUAGAUCACACAAUAGUCAAAUGGUUUUAAGUUCAAGCCAAC